AUGCCCGUCCAUGUUCUCGACCUAGGCCUUCCAAGGACGGGCACACAAUCCUUAGCCAACACCCUCGAGAUCCUAGGCUACCCAAAAUUCUACCACAUGCGAACCGUAGACGACACCCCAGGCCACAGAAAGAAUUGGAUCGAGCUAAUGGACGCGAAAUUCGGUCCCUCCGACUCCCAACGUCCAAUCCAGUCCAAGGAGCUUCAGGACCUCCUAAAAGACUACGACGCCUGCGGCGACUUCCCUGCGUCCCUCUUCCCCAUCGAACUCGCCACCACCUACCCUCAAGCCAAAAUCAUCAUCACCACCCGCCCAGAAGACGCCUGGUAUGCUAGCAUGGACAGCACACUAAUCUACGCCCGCAACAGCCGCAAAGACCAAGAAGUCCAGGAACGCCAUGCGUUGUCAGAUCGAUAUAAAAAGUACUGCUGGGACGAUGACUUCGAGGCCAAUGGGCGUAGGUACUGGCGUGAGCACAUGGAUAUGCUGAAGCGGUAUUUUGAGGAACAGUUGAGGGAGGUGCUGUGGUCUGAAGUUGGAGAAGGGUGGGAACGGCUUUGUGAGUUCUUGGGUGUGGAAGUUCCCGAUGUACCGUGGCCUAAUGCGGAUGAUUGGAAGAAGUAUAAGGUGCAGAAAGGUUUUGAUGGGAAUUGA